AGGGCGCAACGUAAGAAACGGGGAGAAAUCGUUUGGUUGUUGAUUUAAUUAGUUAAAAGUUUUUAAUAAUAGUAAUAAUUGUUUAUCUUUUUAUUCGUUAAAAAAUCAACAUGAGUGGUGGAGUUUAUGGUGGAGAUGAAGUUGGAGCACUUGUUUUUGACAUUGGGAAUUAUUCCAUACGAGCUGGAUAUGCAGGAGAAGAUUCUCCAAAAGCUGAAAUUCCAAGUAUGAUUGGCGUAUCAGAAGAAAUGAUUAUGGAACCAAUGGAAAUUGAUGGUAAUAAUACUCAAAAGGAAAUGAUAACUAAAAAGAAGUACUUUAUUGAUACAACAAGCAUUCAUGUUGCUAGAAAAGGAAUGGAAAUAACAACAUUUCUUAAAGAUGGAAUGAUUGAAGAUUGGGAUCUGUUUGAAAAAGUUCAAGAUUACAUAUACAAUAAGCAUAUUAAAUCUGAACCUCAUCUCCAUCCUGUGCUUAUGUCUGAAGCUUCAUGGAAUACCAGAGCUAAAAGAGAGAAACUUACAGAAUUGAUGUUUGAGAAAUAUAAUAUACCAGCUUUCUUUCUUGUUAAAAAUGCAGUUUUGGCAGCUUUUGCUAAUGGACGUUCAACUGGAAUUAUUGUAGAUAGUGGAGCAAGUCAAACUUCUGCAGUGCCAAUUCAUGAUGGUUAUGUGCUUACUCAAGCUAUAGUAAAAUCACCAUUAGCUGGUGACUUCAUUACUAUGCAAUGCAAACAAUUUUUGGAAGAAAGUCAGAUUGAAGUAAUUCCACCUUACAUGAUUUCAUCAAAAGAAGUUGUUAAAGAAUCUGAAACUGCUAAAUGGCUUAGAAAGAAUAAUAUACCAGAAGUGACUAAAUCAUGGCAUAAUUAUAUGGUGAAGGAAGUAAUACAAGAUUUUCAAAGUUCAAUUUUACAAGUUUAUGAUUCUCCAUAUGAAAAAGAGUCUGUUGAUAAUAUGCCAACAGUUCAUUAUGAAUUUCCAAAUGGUUACAAUCAAGAUUUUGGUUCUGAGAGGUUUUUAAUACCUGAAGCUCUGUUUGAUCCUACAAAUAUAAAGGGUGUGCCUGGCACAACCAUGAUGGGAGCAGCUCAAGUAGUUACAACAAGUGUAGGAAUGUGUGACAUAGAUGUUAGACCAAGUUUAUAUGGAAGUGUCAUUGUGACUGGUGGAAAUACUUUGAUACAAGGAUUCACUGAAAGAUUAAAUAGAGAUCUUUCAAAUAAAACUCCACCAAGCAUGAGGCUAAAAGUUAUAAGUGCUAAUGGCACUGCAGAAAGAAGGUUUGGAGCAUGGAUUGGCGGUUCCAUAUUGGCCUCAUUGGGAACUUUUCAGCAAAUGUGGAUUUCAAAACAAGAAUAUGAUGAGGGCGGUAAAACUCAAGUAGAAAGAAAAUAUGUCGCGACACGAAGAACGCUUUCAAUAUGGCGGCUUCUAUGCGGGAUGGAAACUGAUUUAUUUAAAGAGGAAUUUAAAUAUUUUAAGAGUAGGAACUCUCCUAUUGACUAUUCUAAAGUAUUAGAUUUUGAGGAUGUCGAUAGAUUUCCGUUUAUAAUUAAGUAUGAUGAUGUAUCAAUGAGAAAUUUACUCGAUAAAUCCGAAAGUGUUUUCGAAAAAUCGGGAGCAUGCCAAACAUGUGAUAAAUUCGGUUUGAAAUCACAUGAUAAAUGGAAAAUAUACGGUCAUUCGGAAUUAAAUGGAUUAUUUAUUAUUACAAAUCCUUUCACUCCAUCGGGCCAAUCAUUUUGGAUACGAAAAUGUUUAGAGACUUAUCCAUAUAAACCUAAUAUUACUAAUUUAGAGAAACUUGGUAAAGAAAAUGAAUACAAAGAUUCAGAAUAUUUAAAAAACUUAAGAUGGACGACAAUUGGUUAUCAUCAUAACUGGGAUACUAAAGUUUAUAAUAAAGCAAAUAGAUCACCUUUCCCGGAAUGUUUGUACUAUUUGAUUUAUCACAUCAGUAGCGUGAUAGGAAACAAUACUUUCGAUCCACAAGCGGCAAUUAUUAAUUAUUAUCACCUUAAUUCUACUUUGAGUGGACAUACGGAUCACUCCGAACAAGAUCUGACAUCUCCAAUUUACUCGAUUAGUUUAGGACAAGAUGCUAUUUUCCUCAUUGGUGGGCGUACAAAAGCUGUUAGACCUUUUUCUAUAUUUCUUCGAAGUGGAGAUGUAAUUGUCAUGAGUGGUGAAAGCAGACUGAGUUAUCAUGGUGUUCCAAGAAUUUUACAGACUAAGGAAGAAAGAUGGACAUUUGAAGCCGAUACUGAACAGGAAUGUUAUGGUUCUUAUAUUAAGAAUUCGAGGAUAAAUAUAAAUGUUAGACAACACUAUAGUUGGCAUUAUGCUCUUGUAGUAUGCAUCAAUUUGGUGCUAGUGGCAAUUAUUGAAGCUGGUGUAGUUAAAAGAAGCCCAGAGGAACACGUACCUCACAAUAGCCAACCAGGAUUUAAUGAAGAGUUAUAUCGAGAAGAAUUUCCUCCAUUGAGAGGUAUUGAUCCUGUUCUUCCUCCUCAUUUGCAUUAUCUCGAAGAUCAAACUUUUAAAGAACGACGUUUGAUCGAUGAUAUGGAUGACAAGUUCUUUGCAAUGGAUCCUGUUACUGAAGUAAGGAGAAACAUGCCUCUAAGUACUUCGAACCUCGCUGCCAAUGAUACCAUUGAAUCAAUUACAGAGGCAUUCACGUCGACUACAGAAAAUAUCUUUAUUAAUAACAGAUCUUCAUCUCAAUUAACUUCACUUUCGGAAGAUAAAACAGAAAAAAAUUUGUAUUCUACACCAUCAAGCGAACACAAAACAAGAAACUCUAGAGAAAACUCUCCACAUCUCCUAUUUCCUUCUUAUCAGAACGAUACUUACGAACAACAGGAAAAAGUACAAGAACUAAUGGAAGAAACUAGAACCGGGACUAAAUUGGGCAGGCGGGCUAAUUCCAAUAUCUAUUUGGAUCCAUUCAAUCAAAAUAAGUUGGAAAAACCUACUAGUUCGGCCGAAUCUUUUAGUUCCACUUCGUCUACGGUUGAAAAUUCGACAUCAGAUGCUCAAGAAGAUGUUGUGAAUAGUUUUAUGAACCGGAUCCAAGACCACUGGUUAUUUCUAAAAUUAUUGAUAGCUAUAGUAAAAUCACCAUUAGCUGGUGACUUCAUUACUAUGCAAUGCAAACAAUUUUUGGAAGAAAGUCAGAUUGAAGUAAUUCCACCUUACAUGAUUUCAUCAAAAGAAGUUGUUAAAGAAUCUGAAACUGCUAAAUGGCUUAGAAAGAAUAAUAUACCAGAAGUGACUAAAUCAUGGCAUAAUUAUAUGGUGAAGGAAGUAAUACAAGAUUUUCAAAGUUCAAUUUUACAAGUUUAUGAUUCUCCAUAUGAAAAAGAGUCUGUUGAUAAUAUGCCAACAGUUCAUUAUGAAUUUCCAAAUGGUUACAAUCAAGAUUUUGGUUCUGAGAGGUUUUUAAUACCUGAAGCUCUGUUUGAUCCUACAAAUAUAAAGGGUGUGCCUGGCACAACCAUGAUGGGAGCAGCUCAAGUAGUUACAACAAGUGUAGGAAUGUGUGACAUAGAUGUUAGACCAAGUUUAUAUGGAAGUGUCAUUGUGACUGGUGGAAAUACUUUGAUACAAGGAUUCACUGAAAGAUUAAAUAGAGAUCUUUCAAAUAAAACUCCACCAAGCAUGAGGCUAAAAGUUAUAAGUGCUAAUGGCACUGCAGAAAGAAGGUUUGGAGCAUGGAUUGGCGGUUCCAUAUUGGCCUCAUUGGGAACUUUUCAGCAAAUGUGGAUUUCAAAACAAGAAUAUGAUGAGGGCGGUAAAACUCAAGUAGAAAGAAAAUGUCCUUGAAAUGUGCUGUUUAUACAUUUAAUAUUAUUGUCACUUCAAAGUCAUUAUCAUUGUCAUCAUCAUCAUCACCAUUAUCAUAAUCAUGACAUCAUUAAAUCCUCUAUUUCAUUUCAUCUCAUAAUUUUAAAAAUUUCAUUAUGAGAAUAAGGAAAGUGGAAUAUUGUAUAACAAUUUUUUUAUGUUUGAAUAAAAUGAUAAAACUGAA